AUGGUUGACACCCAAUUUCUCAGCGUAGGUUCAAUCCAUGACUAUCGGAAGCUGUUUCGUCGCAAGCCUUCUGAAAUUAAGGCAAUGAAAGACUCCAAGGGGGCCAAGAGUCUGCCUGUGAAACAGAAGAACGCUUCUAGUAGAGGCAUGCCAAAAGAUAGGUCUUGUGGAGAUUCAGCCAACCAGGUUCGGAUGACUGAGCUCCGGAAGAAGAUCACCAUUUUCAGAGACAUCAUCGACCUACCAGCAUGUGAUGCUUCUGCAGCAAUAACUGAGAUGUUAAUGAGGUUGAUGGGAGAUCUACAGAAGCUUUUCCCUGAAAUUGUGCUACAUAAACAAUUGUCGGAAAUAGAGGAAGCAUCUAUAGAAAAGGUCCUGGCCUCAUUCUGCAAGGCAUUGAAAUCUAUUGGAGAGUCUUGGAUGACAAGUUAUGACAGGUUGGACAAACCGAGAUAUGAUUUCCCAUCACUCAAGGAGAAUGUCAAUCAGGAUGAACUCGUUGAGACGGUGCUGGAAACGCUCGAUUGCUUGAUGAAGAUGGCACGGAACAAGUUUGAUAUGAUAGAUGAGGAUGACCAGAAAAGAGAAGAUUACAGCCCACGGAAUAGCUCAUUUGGGAAGUUCUUGAGCGAUUUGGAGAGCUACGCCUCAGGUUCCACCUGUCCUUCUCCGAUCACUCCAUCUUCUGUCCUACCUGAGAUUGAUGGUUCUCCGAGAGCACAAAAGAAGGCCAACAUUGGUUCCAAAUCACCAUUGCUUUGGACUCUGAGAGUGCAAGCAGUUGGGAAGCUAAAUCCGAUUGAUGUUAAGAACUUGUCUCUUCACUUAUCAAAACAAGGAGCUCAUGGCACCAACAAUGGUCUGGACAAGAUUGAAAAUUUGUUUGAAGAACCAUCAAUUGGGAUAGAAUUAGAGAGAAACCCUCAACAGACAGUUGCAGCAACAGAUGAGGAAGUAGUAGCCCCAAAUCUUAGUUUGAAUGAGAAGUCUAGUGGAAAGGGUAUCGACAACACAAGUGAUGAUGUUGAAACUCCAACCACAGCCUCCGAAACAUUGGAAGCAGACACCACAGGAGUAUCAUUGCUUUCACCCUCACCCACACUUCCACAACCAAAAUCAGCGCCUCGACCUCCACCUCCACCUUUACCUUCACCUCCACCAACGCAACAAUUUUCACUGCCCAAUACAAAAGCAGCAACAAGAAUACCAACAUCCCCUCCACCACCACCACUACACACUUUGAAGCUAAAUGUUGCAACACCACCUCCACCACCACCAUCAGUACCCGCCAUGCAGCCACAAGUUGCAGCAACCCCACCACCACCAACAUUAACCCCACAUAAUGUAGCAGCAGUUGGGGGGCCACCACCCCCACGGCCUCAACCAAUGGAACCAGGACCAGUAUCAGCAAAUCUAACCCCUCCACCAACACCAGUGCUACCAAGGUCAACAAAAGUGGUUCCACCCCUACCCCCACCUCCGUCAGGAUCAUCAAAUGGAGAUCCAGCACCACCACCUCCACCAGGACCGUCAAUUGGCAGUCCUCCACCCCCACCACCUCCACCAGGAUCAUCAAAUGGAGGUCCUCCACCGCCAUCACCCAUGUUAAAAGGCCCAUCAAAUGGAGCUGCUCCACCCCCACCCCCUGCACUCGGCACAGGAAGAUCCUUGUGCCCCAAGAAAGACAUUAAACUGAAGAGAUCACCUCAGAUGGGCAGUCUCUACCGCCUUCUCAAGAGAAAGGUGGAAGGAUCUAGCUUGGAUGGCAAGGCAUCCAACAGGAGAAAGGGUGGAAUUGGUAGCAGCUCUGGUGGAAAACAAGGAAUGGCUGAUGCUCUAGCAGAGAUUACAAAGAGAUCAGCAUACUUUCAACAAAUUGAAGAAGAUAUUCAGAAGUAUGCAAAGCCUAUCACGGAAAUGAGAACCACCCUUGGUUCUUUCAAAACAAAAGACAUGAAUGAGUUGAUGCAGUUUCACAAGAAAGUCGAAUCCGUCCUUGAACACUUGACUGAUGAGUCACAGGUGCUUUCAAGGUUUGAAGGGUUCCCAACAAAGAAGUUGGAAGCAAUAAGGAUGGCAGCAGCGCUACACACAAAUUUAAAUACAAUGCUCAAUGAACUGCAAAACUGGAAACUAGUGGUUCCAUUGGGUCAGCUCCUUGACAAGGCCGAACGCUACUUCGAUAAGAUAAAAGGAGAAAUAGACACGAUGGAACGAACUAAAGACGAUGAAGCCAAGAAGUUUCAGAGCCAGAAUAUCCACUUCGACUUCAAUAUCCUCAUCCGGAUCAAAGAAGCCAUGGUGGAUGUCUCCUCAAGCUGCAUGGAGAUGGCACUAAAGGAAAGGAGAGAAGCAAAGGCCGCUGGUAAGACUGGAACAAAAACUGAUCAGAAGCAAACAAAGAUUUGUGUGAAAAUGCUGUGGAAGGCUUUUCAGUUUGCUUUUAGGGUUUACACAUUCGCUGGUGGACAUGACGAUCGGGCUGACAUGCUCACAAAAGAACUGGCUAAUGAAAUCGAGUCUGAUGGUCCCCAACACAACUGAAACCCUAAUUUCCUUGUAAAUAGCACUGUUUUUGCAAUACCCAAAAAAAAGAUUUUUUUUCUUUUGUUGUGACCCUUGUAAAUAAUCCGGUCCAAAGAAAAUCUUGUAAAAAUUAAGGCUUUUUAUGUAUGAGUAUGGUUUUGAUUUUGGAAUUAAUUAGUACCACAUCCAGGCAGAAAUGAAUACAGAUCUUGUCUUUGUUGUGUCCU